GCACGUUUCGCUCCGGGUCGUUCUAUGUACUAGCAGCCGCUGUAAAGCAUGGUGGUACACGAGAUACGGUACCUCCAAUGACUAGCGACGAACGUUCUCGUGCGGAUCCUCCUUACCGAGAGAAAAUGGGCUGGUCCGAGUUCAGCUGAAAGCGCUGUCCAACACGUGAGGCUCAUGUGACGGAGGUAGGUCAGUUUCUGAGCGAGAGACGUGUCUGUAGUCACAGGGUUUAUUUAACACGUAGCUCAAUCCACCCACACUCAUACACUUAACAAGGGCUGCAGCUUCAGGAGUAUCACCGACAAGUCUUGCAUGGCAGGGUGGCAACAUCGUCGCGUGUCGCAAGUGCUCGAGAAAAAAUAAUAUCGGGGCAAAUAAAAAAGUAAAACAAAUAUAACGGCAAUUCAUUGAAAAUAAAUAGACAGAGGGCGAAAAGAAAACGUUAUUCCAAGGACAUAUUUUGGUGAACAUUUGUAGCACAACUAAGAUAAUAUUAUUUUUGUUUUCAUUUAAAUAAGUCGGUGGGAACAAACGCGGUUUUAUCGUCUAUUUCUGGGAUUCAAAAAGAAACAAGAUGGAAAGGAUUACAAGUGCGCAGCCACCUCCAUGUAUGGCAAAACAUCCGUCGCUGGAGAUCACUGACAUGCAAGGAAUUGAUUUUCCGAUGUACGUGUAUAAGCCUAGAAGAGGCAUGAAACGCGGAGAGGACAGUAAGGAAACUUACAAGUUGCCCCAUCGGCUAAUUGAGAAGAAGCGACGUGACAGAAUAAACGAGUGCAUUGCUCAACUGAAGGAUUUAUUACCGGAGCACCUUAAACUUACAACGCUGGGGCAUUUAGAGAAAGCGGUGGUGCUGGAGCUCACCCUCAAACACGUGAAAGCCCUGACCAGCCUCCUGGAACAACAGCAGCAGAAAAUCAUCGCAUUGCAGAAUGGCAUGCAAAUCAGUGAGCAGUCCCCGUCAAGCCCAGGAAGCAGCGAGGAGAUGUUCCGCUCUGGCUUCCACAUGUGCGCCAAGGAGGUUCUCCAGUUCCUGGCCAAUCAGGAGAGCGGGAGGGACAUGACACCCUCCCACAUGAUCAACCAUCUGCACAAGGUGGCGACGGAGCUGUUGCAGGGCUCGGCCAGCCCCUACGUGGAAGAACCCCCACACAAAGCGCCGGAGCGCAAGGAGAAGUUGGCGGGGGUGUUGCCCAAGGGCGCCGAGGUCCACGGCAAGAACUGUGUGCCCGUGAUUCAGAGGACCUUCGCGCACGGCAGUGGCGAGCAGAGCGGUAGUGACACGGACACCGACAGCGGCUACGGGGGCGAGCUUGAGAAACGGGACUCCAAAGCCCCGCGGCAGGCUUUCUACAGCAAGGAGAGCGAGCUCAAGUACGCGCUGGCCGAGAGGAUGGCGGGCGGCAUUAAGCAGGAGGACGAUGAGCCGCGGGCCAAGCGCCAGAGAGUCGAGUCCUCGGAGGACGAGUCGCUGUCUGGCGGGGAGAUGAUUGGUGGUGCCGGUGGCUACAUGAGCUUCUCCCCUCACCAGCCACCUCUCUGCAUGCCCUUCUACCUCAUCCCCCCUGCCGCCGCUGCCUACCUGCCCAUGCUGGAGAAGUGCUGGUACCCGGGAGGUCUGCCGGUCUUAUACCCAGGAAUGGGUGGGUCUGGUGCAGGCUUGUCCCCAGAGAAACACCCCUCAUCCCUUGUGAUGUCUCCCCGGGUGGGUUCCCCCACAACCCCACAGACCCCCAUGGACUCACCAGCUCUGCUCCAGGCAUUAAAACAAGUUCCCCCCUUGAACUUGGAAACCAAAGACUGAGAACGUUUUUUCUUUCAGAGCCCACACUCUGAAUUUGGAUGCUGUUGAGGGGGAAGAAAGAGCAAGAGGAGCCCCUUCCCUCAACAGCAGUGGCGGUAGCACCCCCCUCAACUUGCACCCUCCCCUCCAGGAACACGCAGCUGCACACCCCUCCAAACCCCCUCAAUCUCUCCACCCCCAACACCCUGAAAAAGAGACAACUUGGAGGAUGCUGAGACAGAGAUCCUGCUGUGUUGCACUGCGAGACACUGUGAAGAUGGCCAUUGUGAGGGGACUUUUAAGGAGAAUAUGGUUGAGAAUGGGAAAAGCACCGCUGCCCCUAUGCUGAAUGUCAUUGUAAUGUCUCUGAAUGUGAUGCACAAACAGCCCCCAACAAUCAGGACCUGCCCUUUGCACACACACUUCGGUUGAAUGUAAAAAAAAAAAAAAAAACAAAGACAAAAAAACAGUAGAUGCUGCCUCUGAAGUUUCUACAUGCUAUAGACUGGUGACAGGAGGCUCAGAGCCUCGUGCCUCUCAAGCUGCUGAAACGGAAACAGACCGUCCUUUCUGACCAGUUCACACCAAAUAAACCUGUGACGUUCUCACAGCAUUAGCUGUGCGUCUGAAAGGGUUGGCCAGAGCCAUCCCACAGAAUAGCACCACCCUUCCCAUUGCACCCACUAGCCCCCUGCCCCUCCCCACCCC